UAGCCUAACCAUCAGUUACUACAAGUUCAUCGCUUUGUACACACUAUCUUCUCAAUCAUCAUGAAAUUCUUCGCUGCUUUGAUCGCUUUCGCUGCUGUUGCCUGCGUUGUUUUGGCCGACAAAACUGACAAGAAGGAAGGUAUGGUCGCUUCCAGCUAUGGCGGUGGUGCUUCAUACUCAGCUCCACCAUGCCCCAAGAACUACUUGUUCAGCUGCCAACCCAACUUGGCCCCAGUUCCAUGUGCCCCAGGUGGUUAUGCCGGAGCUUACUCUCAACAAGUUCCACAAUACCUUCCAUACCCAUACCCUCAACCACAAUACGCUCCACAAAACUGAAGAUAUUCUACGAUGACAACAGAGGAUCGCAGUAAUUGGACAUUUUAGCUGUUUGGUUUUUUG